GGGACACAAACAGUGUUCUGUAUGAGGAGCCUGAACGGCGACAAUAGCAGCAGCAGCAGUAGCAUCCACUGUGCACGGAGGGAGACGGCACAAACAGCAUCCUCCAGCUGACAGAUAAGGAGCACACGGACUGUCCACACUGGAGGCCCGGCCUUUAGCUAAACUGUGCGCUCAUGUUGUCCGCAGGAAGCCGAGCACAAGGCCACCUCAUGCGGUUUAGUGGCUGAAAUGGAACGGUGGACGCGCUAGUUAGCUAACGGGACUAAGUUAGCCUGGCACUGGUUCAUGCUACUAGGGUCGACGCUAGCGGGGUGGGAAUGAAAGUUGAGUGGUAAAAGUUGAUGUUCUUGCACCGCUUUUCCAGAGGUAGACAGCGUUAGUGCUACUUUAUUGAACCCACACUGUCCUGAGCUGAGCUGAGCGAUGACAACACUGAACAUGGCGUGUGCUGAAGGCAGACACUUCCAGAUGAUCGGCUCUAAGCCACUGGACAGGCAUGUUAUUCAGCUGGUGUAUCCAAGAUAAGCGCUGGAAGGCACACAGGAAAUACAAUGGCAACCGAGAGGGGAGGCUUUUAUUAACUAGUGCUACACAGUUGGAGAGCAAUGACCUGCCACAGCUGAUGCCUCGCUCUUAGAAGUUCUGAUUUAUGUUGAGGCUUGACAUACUGUCGUUUCUAGACAUGGACUUGUCCUGGAUGUAAAGACUGGAAACCUGUCUCCAAAGUCCUCACCACAGAGCUGCCUCCUGGUUGGGCAGAUCAUCUGAUCCCAGCUGCUGGUCACCAAGGCACACCUGAAGGCCCAAACAUGGCAGUGUCGGGGUCCACAACUGUGCAGCUUUUCACCAAGCUCCUCAAACAUGCAGUGGGCAAAACCCAAAUCCAGCUGAACCGCUGGCUGCAGAGGACUGCCACUGAGGAGUGUGACAAAAUUGACAUCCUGAUAUGCAGCGCCUUCGACGAGAGAAGGAACAGCCUGGGGAAGUCUGAUGGAGAUCCUGAGGUCAUCACUGACAGCGGAGUGACGACAUUUACCACCACCGGAGAGUUCAGACACCCAUGUUGUAUCACCACUUGUUGUUUCAAGAGUGCCCUGUUGGCGUGCAUCUUGACCGCUGUGUGCUUCUCCUCGGUAGCCCUGGUGCGGCAGUACCUCAAGGAUCUCCUGCUGUGGGUGGAGAGCAUGGACAGCCUGGUGGGAGCUAUGCUGUUUAUAGUUGGCUUGAUUAUCGUGUCUUUCCCAUGUGGAUGGGGAUAUAUUGUUCUCAAUGUGGCAGCUGGCUACCUAUAUGGCUUUGUACUGGGCAUGGGGCUUGUCAUGGUGGGAGUUUUAAUAGGGACCUUUGUUGCACACCUGGUUUGCAAGCGUUUGUUGACGGACUGGGUGCUAAAUAAAGUUGGGAACAGUGAACAGCUCAGUGCUGUCAUACGAGUGGUGGAGGGAGGAAGUGGACUCAAAGUUGUGGCCUUAGCGAGACUCACACCUAUACCUUUUGGGCUUCAAAAUGCAGUUUUCUCGAUCACAGAUGUGUCCUUGCCAAACUACCUGGUGGCCUCUUCUGUGGGUCUGUUGCCCACACAGCUUCUCAACUCCUACCUUGGCACGACUCUUCGCACCAUGGAGGAUGUCAUCGCUGAGCAGAGUGUCAGUGGGUACUUCGUGUUCAGCCUGCAGAUCAUCAUAAGCAUCGGCCUGAUGUUCUACGUCGUGCAUCGAGCUCAGGUGGAGCUCAAUGCAGCCAUCACCGCCUGUCAGAUGGAGCUGAAGUCAUCGCACAUGAAUGGCUCCUCCACCAAUCACAGCAGCUUCAGCUACUGCAGCAAGAGGGUGACGACCAGCAGCGGAAACUGCAUCAACGUGGUUUAGCUGCAAAAAAAAUAUCCCACUACGAGAGAUCAGACCGUGCUGCAGUUAGAAAUUGAAAGACUGCAUAGCUGAUGGUCCGGUGACACAUGCCACUCUGGUUCUGCCACUGUAGUCGGUAUGAUGUUUCUUCAGUUUGCAGGAUCAUGCACCUGUUGAGCUCAUGAGUGAAACAAUGCUCAAAAAUGGCUUUGCUGGGUAUGACUUUGGGAUUAUUUUUUUAAUUUUAGCAAUUGUUUUAUUUAUUUUUAUUAACCUUAACUCUGUUACAGGAGGUGUCAAAGAGCAGUGGUGUUCAGAGAUUAUCUGAGGCGCCUGAGUCAGUCAGUGAGUCAUUAAUAAAUAGCUUGGCGCUAACUGCCUGUUAACUCUAUGAAUGUGCAAUCUGGAGCUUUCUAGGGAACCAGGAAUCCUUUUCAGUGUCAAAAGAAUGCUAACCUAUGCACCUUUGUUUCACCAUCUGUUCUGUGUAUUUCCGGGUGAUCUUAGGAUUAAUUUAUUGACAUCCAGUGCUAAUUCACCUUAAAUAAUAAGGGCAUUAUUAAAAUUUGUAAAAGAUUUGGCUUUUUAGUAGAGUUAAUUUUUUAAGUGUCUUAUUGUUUCAUUACUGAGAGAGAGGAAGGAGAAAAAAGCUAUUGCUGAGUAUUACCAGCUUCUCUGUUUGCCUGUGUGAUUUCUGCCAGCGAUGGCCACAUCAGCUGAAAUCUCCAGGCCUGCUUCUGCCUGGACAUGUUUUUUUUAGCACUUGUGUAGUUUUGAUAAGAGCACCUGGAGAUGAGAGUAGAUUUCACAGCAGGAAACUCAGGAAUGUUCUGCCAGGAAAAAGA